CGUCCAGUGGGCCGACCGCCUGGCUCUGGCCGUGGCAGAAAGCGAAAGCUGGAGGGCGAAGGAGACAAAGUGCGGCCGUCGUCGGUGCAGUACCACUGCGACUAUUGCCAAAAAGACAUCUCCAACGUCGUGCGCAUCCGCUGCGCCAUUUGCAAGGACUUUGAUCUGUGUCUGGAGUGCUUUUCUGUAGGGGUGGAGAUCAAAGAGCACAAGAACGAUCACGACUACAAGAUCAUGGAUUACAUGUCCUUCCCCCUCUUCGAGGAAGGCUGGGGCGCCGAUGAAGAGCUGUUGUUGCUCGAAGCCAUCCAGAUGUAUGGUAUUGGCAACUGGAGCGAAAUCUCUGAGCACGUUGGUACCACCAAAUCGCCAGAGAUCUGUCGAGACCACUACUUCACCGUCUACAUUCAAAGCGCCACCUCUCCCGAACCUGAUACCACCAAGACGUUGACGACGGAUCUGAAAGAGUACCUGCGCACGCGGCUAGGCCGACAUCAAAGUCCAAGCUUCGCCGAGCCUGAGCCGCCGGCUUCCUCCGCUUUGUCACAAGGACAAGGUUCCAAGACCACCUCCAAAACCAACCAAAAGAAGAAAGUGAAGCACAACGUCAGUUGUCCGAUUGCUGCGCCGGACCAAGCCGGCUACAUGCCCAAACGCAAAGAGUUCGAAACGGAAUGGAACAAUGACGCGGAGUGCCUGAUUGCCGACAUUGUGCUUGAAGACGAAGAUGACGACGAGAUCAGAGACUUGAAGGGCUCUGCGCUGGAGGUGUACAACAGAAGGCUGGACGAAAGACUAUACCGGAGAGCUUUCGUCAUCGAGAAUGACCUCGUCGAACAAAAGAAGGCUGCUGCCAAGGAGAAGAAGAGCAAGGAGGAGAUACAGGAGGAGAGGGAAAUCUCACGAGCCAUGCAGAAGUUUCUGCAGCUGCAGGGCAAGGGUGAACACGAGCCGUUCAUCGAUGGCCUCGUCCAAGAGUCGCUACUCCGAAAGCGAAUAAUGCAGCUGCAGGAAUGGCGAAAGAUGGGGAUCAAGACCUUGAUCGAGGGCGAAGUUUAUGAGAAGGAAAAGGCGCGGCGCGAAGCAGAAAAGGGCCGAAUGACCCGCGGCGUAGCCAACUCCAUCUACGCUAUGGAGAGGACUGGCGUGCGCGGUUCCAAAUGGAUCAACAGACACAAUGCCAUUCCAUGGGACUUGCUCACUGACGACAAGGACAAGAAAAAGGGGAAGCUCACGAGGAAGCAAGCUCCGCUGGACUUGACCGGAGCUCCCAAGUUGGAGUGUUUGUCCCUCAAGGAACGGGAGCUGUGUGGAGCGCUCAGGCUCUACCCGCAACAGUAUGUGUUGAUCAAGGAGACCCUUAUACGGGAGUCGCUGCGACAUGGCGGACAAAUGCCCAAGGCGCUCGCACGCAAACUCAUCAAGAUUGAUACACCGCGGGUCAACAGGAUCUAUGAGUUCAUCGAGAAGAGUGGGUGGAUAGCAGCACCGGCCCCCAACAAGAAGUCUUGA